AUGGAGAGCGGCGGGCAGAUUGUCUUGCCCAUAUUUUACGAGGUUGAACCAGCCCAUGUGCGAUACCAAAAAGGGGACUUCGGGACAGCUUUUUCCCAGUUUAGUAAGAAUUAUAUUGUUGAAGAUAUUGAGAAAUGGAAACAGGCACUCCAAAAAGUGGGUUCCCUAAAAGGAUGGGAAUUGAAGAGAAUUGCCAACAGCGGCGACGGAAAAUUGUUGGAAUUGGUCGUGACACGAGUUUCGAGGGAGUUAAGUGCCAUGCAGAUGGAUGAUAUCGAACAACCUGUCGGAAUUGAUGAUGUGGUGGAGGAUAUUUUGAGAUUGCUGGAUAAUAAACCUUGCGCUACCCAAAUUAUCGGUAUUCAUGGAAUGGGGGUAUCGAAUCAAUUAAUAUCUGAUAUACUAAAUACGAAGGAUCAAGUGUCUAAUACGUGUGAUGCAAAUAACUUCAUGGCAUCUAGAUUUAAAUAUACGAAAGUCCUAAUUAUUCUAGAUGGUGUGGAAGAUCAAAAUAAGCUAAGCGAUUUGUUUCGGAAAGAAUGGUUUAUGACAGGAAGUAGGGUAAUAAUUACCACAAGAAAUCGUUCUGUUCUUGAGCAUUUUGAGGUCAACUAUGAGUACAAAGUCAAGGAAAUUGAUGCAGAUCAAUCUUUGAUCUUGUUUAGUAGACAUGCUUUUCGGAGGGACUCUCCUCCGUGUGAAUUUGAGUCUCUCGCUAGUGCCGUCGUAUCCACUACCGGAGGGCUUCCCUUAGCUCUCAAGGUUAUAGGUUCCUUACUGCGUGGGAAAGAAGAAGGAUUUUGGCAAGACACAUUAGAAAAGUUAAGGAAAGUACCGAUUAAAGAAGUGCAAGAGAAGUUGAGAAUAAGUUUUGAGGCAUUGAGUGAUGAGGGAAAAGAGAUAUUUUUGGAUAUUGCAUGUUUCUUAAUUGGAACAGAUUUGAGAAUUGCAUCCUACAUAUGGCAUGCCCGUGAUUUACAGCCGAGGAUGGAGAUUUUAAUAUUGAGUUCUAUGUCGCUAAUAACAAUUGGAGAUAAUCAUGUGUUGAAAAUGCAUGACCAAUUGAGAAACCUUGGUAAGAAAAUUGCAAGUCAAGGAGAGCCCAAGGAGCGAAGUAGGUUGUGGGUCUUUGACGAAUUCCUUGGACGUACUUCAUGA